UUCCGUUAGCCUCUCAUCUUCCAUCUAACAACCCUUCUCUCUCCUCUCGAGCUCUUCUCUUCCUUUUCACAAUCCAUGAUCAAUGUAAAAAUAAUCCCAGAUUAAUUAAAACAAAAAGUAUGCAUAGUUUUAAUCUAAAUGCACCAUCCUCAAAAUUCCGGCAUUUUCCAACAUCAUUCUCUCUUCUCCGACGACAACCGCAGAGGCGGCGGAAGCCUCGGUGGUGGACAACGAUCCACGAUCCUCGUAGCGAAUUCAUAACUAGCUGGAAUAACCUGUUCCUCGUAACAUGCCUAGUUACCCUCUUUCUUGAUCCUCUUUACUUUUAUGUUCCUACAAUUUGUGGUUACGCAUGUCUUAAUACUAACUUCCAGUUAUUAAUCAUUGUCACUCUCAUUCGAACUAUUUCUGAUUUUCUUUAUCUUACCCACAUUUUCUUAAAAUUUCGAACCGCUUUUAUUUCGAGAAAUUCUAGAGUUUUUGGUCGUAAGGAACUUGUUAUGGACCCUAAAGCUAUUGCUGCUAAGUAUUUAACGUCUGAUUUUAUUAUUGACGUUGCUGCCAUGCUUCCUUUGCCUCAGAUAAUGAUAUGGUUUAUAGUUCCGGCAUUGAGAAGCGCAACAAAAGCUCACACAAAUCACACAGUAGCUCUAAUAGUACUUGUUCAAUUCAUUCCUCGGUUGUUCGUAAUGAUACCGUUAAAUCGCAAGAUUGUAAAUUCUACCGGAAUUGCUGCAAAAAAUGCAUGGUCUGGUGCUGUUUAUAAUAUGCUUCUCUUUAUAUUGGCAGGCCAUGUAAUAGGAGGUAUAUGGUAUUUAUGGGCGCUACAAAGAGUACACACUUGCUGGAAAAUAGAAUGUGUAGGGAAACAAAAUUCAACUCGGUUUCCUUGUAAUCCCACAUUCUUCGACAUUGAGAAUAAAGAGCUUCCUGCUCGUAAACGUUGGUUAGAAAAAUCGGGUGUUCUAUCAAAUUGCAACCCUCAAAAUAAAAAUCAUAAAUUCACGUUUGGAAUGUUUGGUCGGGUUAUUACUGAUGAUGUUGUAUCUGCUGGUUUUACCCAAACUUAUUUCUAUUGCCUCUGGUGGGGCUUGAAGACGUUAAGUUCUUAUGGACAAAAUACAGACAACAGCACCUACAUUGAGGAAACACUAUUUUGUAGUUUUAUUUGUGUCAUGGGUCUAUUCCUUUUUUCCCACUUGAUCGGCCAAAUUCAGACUUAUCUUCAAUCUAUAAUGACCAGAAUUGAAGAGUGGAGAAUAAAAAGAAGAGAUACAGAAGAGUGGAUGCAACAUAGGCAAUUACCAGAGGAACUCAGGGAGCGAAUUCGACGAUUUGUUCAAUAUAAGUGGAUUGCUACAAGAGGAGUCGAAGAGGAGUCUAUUUUACAAUCACUACCCUUGGAUAUUCGACGUGAAAUUCAAAAACAUUUAUGUUUGGGUCUUGUUCGUCGAGUUCCGUUCUUUGCACAAAUGGAUGAUCAACUAUUAGAUGCAAUAUGUGAACGUCUAAUACCAUCAUUGAACACGAAAGACACAUAUAUAGCACGAGAAGGGGAUCCAGUUUCAGAGAUGAUGUUCAUAAUAAGAGGACAACUAGAGAGCUCAACCACUUACGGUGGUCGUUCGGGUUUUUUCAACUCCAUUACACUUGGACAGGGUGAUUUUUGCGGGGAAGAGUUGUUAACAUGGGCAAUAUUACCUACAACAACAACCCUAAACCUUCCUUCCUCAACAAGAAAAGUAAAAGCCCUAACAGAAGUCGAAGCCUUCGCCUUACGAGCAGAUGAUCUAAAGUAUGUAGCCACGCAGUUUAAACGUCUACAAAGCAAGAGGCUACAACAUUCAUUUAGAUACUAUUCUCAUCAAUGGAGGACAUGGGGGGCUUGCUUUAUACAAGCCGCUUGGCGACGUUACACGAAGAGGAAGAUGGCUGAGGAUCUUGCUAGGAAUGAAAAUUACGAGUUUUACUAUCUUAUGCAAUUAGAUAAUGAAGAAAAUAAUCAUGAGGAUGAGGACGAGGAUGAGGAUGAACCCUUAUUCAUUAACCACGAUGAAGUUGAUCAUGGUAGUAAACGCCAACAACAACCACUUAAAGCGACGAUAUUAGCUUCAAAGUUUGCUGCAAAUACCAAAAGAGGUGCAAACCAUAAAAUGAAUAUUAUUGCUACUUCAUCUCACGACCUAAAGAUGCCUAAGAUGUUCAAGCCAGAAGAUCCUGACUUUUUUUAACCAACAUUUUAUUUAUUUAUACUAUUUCACAUCUAUUGAAAUUUUCAUGUUAGAGAUAAGUGUUUAGUGUUGGAAUUAAAGCUCCAAAAGGGUUGCCCGACCAAGCGCCAGUGCAAGUAAGAAAUUGGGUAAUUUCUGUCGCACUUUCGCCCGAUCGGCCAAAUUUGGGGAGUUUUGGUGGAGUGCACUCGGGCGAGUUACAACGGGUUUUGAGAGUUGCACUCGCGCCCAAUCGGGCAGGCUCAUUUGGUCCGAUUUUGAUUCUAUUUCUUCCAUUCCUUCUUUGUAACAACUUUUUAAUUGUGGUUUAAGGAUGAUUAUCAUUCUGAUUAUGAUGAUUUAUGUUAGUCCAUUAUUUCUCUUGAUUAUGGGGUUAUAAACCCUUCAUUAUCAUGGGUUUGAUUGGAUUGAUUAAUAUCAUUGGAUUCCUUUGA